CCGAGGCCAAUGAGCACAUCUGGAUGGAUCUGGAAAGCAAAGCUGCCCCGAAUCCUACAUUCCCUGAGCACACUGCUGGCACAGGAGAGGAGAGAUCCAGUACACCUACUCUUGAUACUGCAGAGAAGCAUAAAAUCUUGCCAAAACCAAAACUGAGACUUCCUGUCAUACUGUUUGCAUCGCACAAGAGAUCCAGUAUAUGUGAUGUCUCUUACUCAGAGGAUGACACUGGAACAAGUUCAUUCAUGGCUGCAACAAACAGCUUGCAUUUGUCCAGAAAAGGUCAUGAAGUACCACCAUUGCCUACCAGACUUUCAGAGGAUGCUGUGCCUCAGUCGAGCAGUGCAGGUAGAGGAGAAGCUGUUGAUGGGGCCACUGGCACCACAGCGUGGCCAGAAUAUCCACCCAAAGAAACUUAUAGUCCCAGCAAGAUACCAGUUAGGGGAAAACCAAGCAAAACUUUCUCCAGAUCCGAGCAGUUUUUGAAUCACAUGGAGCCAACAGAGAACAGUGACACAAGUAGAAAGCUGCUGGAAAGCCCCAAACUACUGACCACAGAGGGAGAAAGCAGCCAGGCUGUGAAGCAAGGCAGGAACUAUACAAUCUCAUCAAUGAGUAACAGAGAGGAGGAUAUCGGUCUUGAUCGUGAACACUUCAAGAACUUAAAGAACUUCUGGGAGAAAGGAGCAGACUCUGUGGCGAUGGGAAGCAUGCCAGUGGACCCUAGCUGUGUGGAAGCAGAUGGUAGGCGGUUCAAGCUGUGCCACUCACUCUCUGUGCAGCCUGGGCAAGGCCAAAACAGCAAAGAAAAAUCUGGCAUCUUCACCAAAACAAGAAUCCCCUACAAAAGGACAAUAACCCUGUCUUCUAGUGAGGAAGAACCAAGCUAUCUAGCCUCUGCAAGGAAGGGCUUGGUUUCCAUCGUUGCUAGAUCAACAAAUACCAAGAGCAAAGGCUGCUUGGCUGCAAGAAAUAGCUCACUGAGUGAAAGCAAUGGGAAGUCACUGGUGCCAGAGGAAGAGAAGGUGGCACAGCACUGCUCCAAGAAAUCCAAAUGGCCUGUGCAAGUGCCGUCCGUCAAAAUUGAGUCACCUACCAAAGAUGCAUCUGGCAGCAUGUUUGAGCCAGAGACGCUUACGAAUGAGUUGACAGUGGCAGAAGAGCGCAAGCAUGCAUCAAAUUCCCUGGCAAGCAGGGUGCAGAUACUGAUAGAGCCUGUGCUUACAGAUGGUGAAAAUGAUGAUGAGAAGGAGAAAAGAUCUGAUUUGGGUACUUUUGACAAAAUGGAAAUAAAUGGAGAGCUACCUGAGGAAAAAGUUUGUGAGUCUUCAGACAAGCCAACACCUGGUGAAGCGGCCAGAGAGAGAGAAACCAUUCAGGGAACAGCCUCAGCUGUUUCCUCAGAACAACGUGGGGAUCAUUAUCCUGCAACUCAGGCAUUGGCCCAAGCAAAUAGCAUUAAUCUUGUAAAGAGCAUGGUGAAGAUUUACACAACCACAGAGA